GGUCCGUCAGAGAUGCUGCACACCGGGGAGUCAGAAAGAGGGCGAAAGCUUGUCAGGAGGCGCUUGAGUCCACUUCCACAGCAGAUAACAGGUCAGAGGAGAUCGGACAGGGGGAACCCAAAGCUGAGGCUGAGACAUGGAGGAGGACUGCCUCAGCUGUAUGAAGUACCUAAUGUUCAUCUUCAACUUAUUCAUUUUUUUAGGUGGGGCUUUCCUGCUGGGAGUUGGCAUUUGGGUGUUGGUGGACCCAAUUGGCUUCAGGGACAUUGUGGCAAUCAACCCCUUGCUGUUCACUGGUGUGUACAUCAUCCUGGCUAUGGGAGGCAUGUUGUUUCUGCUCGGCUUCCUGGGCUGCUGUGGAGCCAUUCGGGAGAAUAAAUGUCUUCUACUUUUUUUCUUCAUGCUUAUCCUCUUCAUUUUCCUGGCGGAACUGGCAGCUGCUAUCCUGGCUUUCCUCUUCAAGGAGCACUUAACCAGAAAGUAUUUCAGCAGGGAGCUGAAACACCAUUAUCAAGGUCGUAACAACACUGAUGUCUUUACCUCCACAUGGAACACCGUUAUGACAAUGUUUGAGUGCUGUGGUGUAAGUGGCCCCGAAGACUUUGAGGAGAGCCUCUUCAGGCACCUCAGCCCAAGUAAGGUAGUCCCUGAAGCCUGCUGCCAGAGGAACAGUUACCCAGGAGACAUUGGUGUGGAGGAGUGCAUGAGUGGCAGCAUAGCCUUCCGACACAACAAGGGCUGUUACUCAGCGAUGGUGGAAUACGCUGAGACCUACAUCUACACAGCAGGAGCUCUGGCUGUUGUAGUGCUCACAAUUGAACUCUUCGCCAUGGUGUUUGCAAUGUGUUUAUUCAGAGGCAUCCAGUAACCACAAACUUUAACAUCUUCAUCAGCUGUCAGGAAGGCACAAUGAGGAGGGAAACAAGCUGUAAACUAUGAAAUGUGCUGUAUUUGUGUAGUGAUUGUUAAUGUCUCUCUUUGGCUUUGUGAUCAUUUUGUACUUCACAGCACCAGCCGCAGGCUGUUUGAGCUCCUGCUCUGGACGUAGUACAAAUUCACAGGAAAUGAUUCACAACCUUAGGCUGAGCUUCUGCACUGUGACUGGAUUCCAGCACUAAUCUGUCUAGAAAACAGCUCUAAGGUUAGAUCCUCACCACACAAUGGAAAGCUUUGUGACCUCCAUCUCACUACGAGAGUCUGCACAAGACAGUCCAGCUAGUGGACUCUCAGAUGUCAGGCUUAUGCAAAGAACAUUUGGCCUUUAGAAUCAGAUUUUGAUCCAGUCAGGGAUGAAAAUCAAACACUUUCAUA